UUAUGUUACUGAUACAUGUUCGAUAAUUUGAUAUAAUGUUAUCGCACGUACAUGUACAUUUUUUCGUUAUCUUAGACGCUCAGCACAGUCCAAUAUGAAUAAAGAAAAACAAGAUAAAUGCUAGAAAGCACAAUCUUGUUAAAUGUCAAGUCGACACACCAAAUAUGGAUAUAAGAAGCCCUAUAUAAGGGCAUCAUUAUACAUAAAUUCGUCAAAGAAAAUUUGAGUUUCGAAUUAGAAACAAGUAUUCGAGGAAGUGUUCGAGUCGUACAGAAUACCGAAGAUAUGGCGUUCAAAGCAUUUGUGAUAUUUAUAAUAGUUAGUUUGAUGGUAUUGACAAUUUCAGCUGUGCCGCUUGAGUUACCACCGGCAGUCAAAUGUCAAAUAGACAAGAGAUCAUUCUUUGACGGCUGCAAUGUCUGUAAGUGUUCUCUCGAAGGCAAAUUAUUUGGCUGCACCAAAGGACCGUGUCCUCCGUCGAUUCCGAUUGGACCAUUUUUUUCUAACAUUCUAGUUGACGUCAUCGAAAAGAUAUGUUCCGAAGAAGACACUAUUUCACGGCUGCAAUGUGACUAUAUGUUCAAAAGACAGGAUUAAACAUUGGCUGCACAUUGGUAAGAUUGUCCCAUCCGGUUAACCCGAUUCCACCGCCUGCUGAUUUCUGGCAAACGUAAAUAUAACUGUACAUUCGAACUUGCUCGAAAUACGCAUUUAAUUGUGUGUAUUAAUCAAUAUGUUGUUAAGUGAUUAAUCAAUAUGUUAUAAAAUAAUUGUAAAGUUUAUAUUAAUGUUAUUCUAUAAGCUUUGCAUUUCUUUAACGUAAUUUGAAAUGUGUUUUAUGACAUAAAUUGUAAAAAAAGGUAUCAAUAAAUAUUGUGCAUGGAUUUGAGAACUCUACUUCAAUUGAACCAUAAUAUACCUAUAUUAAAUAAUUAUUUAUUAUGUAUUUUGUCAGUACACGAUCAAGCUGUUCUUAAAA